CAGAAUUUAAUAUGUUUUUGAAAAUAGUGAUUUUUCUCAUAUUUCUUGCAAAAAUCUGUAAUGCUGCGAACAUAUUAGCCAUAGUUCCUACACCUUCUUUCAGCCACCAAGUAGCCUUCACAGAAUUAUGGAAAGAUUUGUCGUUAAGGGGACACAAAGUUACGCUUUUAACAACAGAUCCCAGGAAUGAUCCAGAUUUGCCCAAUUUAAAGGAGAUUAACAUGAAGAGGUCCUACAAGAUAUGGAGUGACACUUACUCUUUUUCAGAAGCUGCACAGGAUGGUUUGGGAUUCUGGAACAUUUGGGAAUUUUUCUUAUACCUACUCUCAGACAUCUGCGACGACCAGUUAAGUCAACCCGAAAUGCAAGAUUUGAUUCAUGGAAAAGAAAAAUACAGUUUCGAUUUGGUAAUUAUUGAAGUGUUCUAUCCAGAAUUACUGGCGUUUGGAAAAAUAUACAAUUGCCCUACCAUGUUGGUUGCAACUAUAGAUUCCACUGUUCAGAUGUACCAGUACCUCGGCAACCCUGCGCACCCUGUACUUAAUUCUGACAUCAACGUGCCAUAUUUUGGAAAGCUAACAUUUAGGGAGAGAGUGACCGCUUGUCUAUUCUACUGGAAUGCGGUGUACUUUGAGUACUUAAAAUUUUUGCCAACGAAACAAAAACUCGUGGAUAAAUUUUUUGGUAACCUGACAAACGCUAGAAUAGAGGAGUUAAUAAGUGGUAUAGACUUAAUGUUGGUCAACAUUAAUCCCCUACUAAAGGGUCCCAGAGCCCUUGGUCCAACAACAAUUAGUGUAGGAGGUGGAAACCAUUUAAAACCGUUGAAACCACUACCCAAGGAACUGAAAGAUUUCUUAGAUGACGCCAAGGAAGGAUUCAUUUAUUUCAGUUUGGGUGGAAAUGUUAAAAGCAAAGACUUGAGGGGCCAAACGAUGACAAAUAUUAUCGAAACAUUAAAGGAAUUGCCUUAUAAAGUGCUGUGGAAAUUCGAGGCUGAUGAGUUACCUGGAAAACCGGAAAACAUAAAACUCAUUAAAUGGGCGCCACAACAGGAUAUCUUGAGGCACCCAAAUAUAAAACUCUUCAUCAGUCAAGGAGGAAUUCAGUCUAUGGAAGAAGCCAUUUAUACCCACGUACCUUUGAUUGUUGUACCAUUUUAUGGAGAUCAGUUGAAAAACGCUCGUAUAGUCGAAUACAAAGGAUUUGGCAAAUUUAUUAAUCGCAAACCAGUAUUAAAGAAAGAAGAAUUGAAGAGUGCAAUCCUUGAACUCAUUAACAAUCCAAAAUACAAAGCGUCGAUAAAGGAACUAGCCCGUUUGAUGCAAGAUCAACCUAUGACAGGACUUCAGAAAUCCGUAUGGUGGACUGAGCAUAUAAUUAGAAACAAAGGAGCAAAGCACUUGAGGAACCCUGCAGUUGACUUACCUCUUUAUCAGUACUAUCUAGUGGAUGUUAUAGCUUUCAUAGUUUCAAUAGCAAUUGCUAUAAUAUUAAUUUCUUUAAAAAUUAUUAAACUAUUUAUAAAGUUGUUCAGUAAUUUAUAUGUUGAAAAAAUUAAUAAAAGAAAGUUAGAGUAAUA